UUGGAUGCUUCUGGCAGCCACACAAAUCUAGCACCACCCAGGGAGGGAGUGUGUUUGCCUCUCUGCUCACUUCUGCCAGAGUGGAGGAAUGCUGGACACCCAGAGACAAGGGAGGCUGCCGCGCACCACAGCCCAGGCCCACACCUCUGGCUUCCUCCUUUAGAGACACACAGAUGUCAGAAAUUGAGUUGGAAAAGAUAAAAGUAAGAACAGUGGAACAUUUUGAAAAUGGCAAAAAUAACAUUCCUUGGUUAAAAGAAGAUACACAACUCACGAACGAAAAGCAUGGAGACGAGAAACCUAUUAAUGCUAUCGUAAUAAAUUCAGUAUCCGAAUUCAGUAUCACAGAUGGACCAGCCCAGGAAACCCCCAAUGAGAAAAACCUGUCAGGAUCGAGCACUUCACUCUCUUCCCUCGAAGAAUGCCAAACGAAAUUUCCCUACCUCCAAACUAAUACUUCAGUUCAUCGGAGAGAUGCUGAUGAGGAGUGUGCCUCCCUAAUCCUCACCUGUCUCUUCUGCCAGUUCUUGGACUGCCUUUUCAUGCUCCCUGACACGUGUGAGACAGUGUGCAUCAACCUGUGCUGCCCCUCUCACAGGUACUAUUCUGCCUCCGAUGAGAACCAUCCACACAAUGACUGCAACUUGACCUGCGAUGUGGACUGCAGUCUCUUUGAAUCCUGCCAUGAGACCAGUGAAUGCCUGGAGCUGGCCAUGGAGAUAUCAGAAAUCUGUUACCGAUAGUGCCAGAAAGGAUUAGCACUCAGGCGUUUCCUUAGAGUGCAUCUGAGAUAAGAGCUCUCUCCAUGGGCCCAAAUGCAAGGACCAUACAUGUUUCAUGGAGGCUCUAGGCCAUUUUAUGUUGUACCUGUCUGGGAAAACUACUACUGUCAACUUGUUCCAACUUUCACAAUCGCAUGUCUCGCUGCAAAAUCAUUCUUGACCACAUGUGUGAUGAACAAAUCCCAAAUACCUCUUAAAUGCCAUAGGUAGAAGAUAUUUCUUGACUGUUAAACAGCAUGCUAAAGCAGUCUGCGCUCUUGACUUGGUAGCCUGCAUUGUGGCUCCAACUUCAUUCAUGAAUUCAGGACAAAUUAUGCUUUCUUGUAGGCCCCAACACACACUAGUUCUCUUUCUGACGGACUCAUGCAUAAACAUUAUGCAUUAUUGGUUAUUAUUAAUAAUGUAUUGUGUAACAUCAUUUUGUAAUUAAAAAUUUAUUUAUACAGUCUCUUAAAAUUCACUUAUAUGUACAGUUUAGGUAGGAGAGGGAAUUAAAUGAUUCAGAAACCAUGUUCUUAUAAUUAAAGCAGAUGUCUUUGAAACCUCUCCAAUGAAUCUUGAAUCUGGUAGACUUCAGGAGAGCCCUAUAAUUCUAGACCGUAUCAUUAUCUGUCUGUUGCUGCAUCCUAAGAAGUCAUGCAUUUCCUUAAUUACAUAAAGAUGCUUCUUUAUUACAAUAAGCAAAAAUGGGAGCCAUGUGCAUGUUUCAGGAAUUUGAUCUAUGAUAAUCACAUCUUUGCCUUCCUUACUUCUGUUUGUCAGGUACAAUAAGCACCCGGAUAUUAAAAAGAAAUCAGUUCACUUCACUAAACUAUUACAUAUACAGGCACCUAAAAUAAAUACGCAUGCAGGGACUUGCUCAGCUCACUCCCCAAUACGGCGUGUAUGCUUUGGAAACCAUAUUUACCAUUUUAUGUUUCCAUUAACAAAGUGACUGAUGAUUACAUUGAAAAGUUCUUUCUACUUACACUGCUGCAAAAGGCAUGGUGUACGCUACAGAAUUACUUUCAUAUCAAGCAAAUCGAAACACACACCUAGCAGGAAAGGAACAUCAAGUUUGCUGUAACUCGGGAAUCUCUACAUACAUGGUAGGUGUGAAGCAGCAAGGGAAAUGCUUUAUAUAGACAUGCAUGUACGGAUUCCUGUGUAUGGAACACACUGUGUUCCAUAGGAAGUACAAAGCACAAAUCCCAACCAAAGAGAGUGGACAGUCGAAAGUAGGGUUGAGAGACAUGUGGGUUGAAAGAAUGACCACUGUGGCAGUCCCCAAAAUAAUCAUUUGGUUUUUGCAGUGUUGUAUUCUACUGCUUUGGGGUAAUGGUAGAUGAAAGCAAUGUUUGUUUGUUAUAGUAAACUAGCAUACCUUUUCUAAUCUGUAAUACAUUUUCUAACAUUGGACAGAAUCGAUCUUAAAAAACUACUGCUAAGUUGCCUUGAGAGGGUACUUAGCCUCUUUUAACUUGUUCCUGGAAGUAGGUUAUAUCCUUGGUUGACUGUUAUGUUAUCCACAGGCCACAGAGCAUGAGACUAUAUGCCAUUCUCAGCCCAAAACAGUUCUCUUUCUCUACCAUUCAUAAGCUCAAAGGCACAACCCUAGACUCUAUGUGUGUAAUUUACAGAUCACUAAAAAUAAGAAGUAUCAGCAGUUCAAGGUCUCAUCAGAUACAUAGCAAGUUAGAGGCCAACCAGGGCUAUCGUAGAUGUGUUAUGGCAAUUAUAGAAAACACAAAGGAAACCCUAAGAAUGUGUGACUUCAAGAUGACAUGUUGAGUUCAGGACAGUUCCAAGAUCCUGACUUAGGGUCUAACUGCUUUCUUACCCAAUAGUUCUUUGCUUGUUUACAUCACAAACACAAAAACACUACCACCCUGAUAACACACAGUGGCAGCCUUGAACCUCCUAUGUUUCCAACUCACCCCACCACCCUGGAUCCUCUCUAAGCACCCAUCUCUUGACUCACAUCCUAGCCACUGAAGAAAGAUUCAUAGAGGUCUCUGAAAUCCCACCCCAAAGUACUUAGAUACAUGGUCUCAUCAUUCUGUUACAUUCAUGUUCAAUGUUUUAUCA